AUGGCAUCCAACAGCGCCCCUAAAGACUCGCUCCAUCCCUCCAUCUCUGCUCCUGAGCAUGACGAAAAUGCCUCCUCCGCGCAUGGCAUCAGCAUCAAACUCCCUCCCGGCGCAAGCGACGAGCGCCCUCCGGCCGUGACACAUGUGUCCACCCCCGCCUAUCCGAGCCCCAUCCGACACCAUCAAAGAACCCCGUCGCGAUCCAAAGCAGUCAAGGAGACGCUCAACGCCCACUCACAUUACGGCAGUGGUGAUGACGGCGAUGGGUCCUCGGUCCACCGCAUCAACCAGUAUGUCAUCAAGCAAGAGAUUGGUCGGGGGAGCUUUGGGUCGGUACACCUAGCGGAGGAUCAUCAUGGCAAUGAGUUUGCGGUGAAGGAAUUCUCAAAAUCAAGACUUCGGAAGCGUGCGCAGUCAAACCUCCUCCGCAAACCCAACCAGGGCCGCCGACCGGGCCAAAUCGCUGCGGGUCUCGGCUUCAACUCUCCGCUCCACCGUCUGACCUCCUCGGAAUCGCCCAAGGACGCUAACAACUCCCUCAGCCUCAUCAAGGAGGAGAUUGCCAUCAUGAAGAAACUCAAUCACAACAACCUCGUCUCGCUGAUCGAAGUGCUGGAUGAUCCACAGGAGGACUCGCUAUACAUGGUGUUGGAAAUGUGCAAGAAAGGCGUGGCCAUGAAUGUCGGCCUCGACGAGCGCGCCGAGCCGUACGACGACGAGACGUGCCGUUGUUGGUUCCGGGACAUGAUUCUCGGCAUCGAGUAUCUGCACGCCCAAGGCAUCAUCCACCGCGACAUCAAACCCGACAAUUGCCUCAUCACCGACGACGAUGUUCUCAAGAUUGUGGAUUUCGGCGUGAGCGAGAUGUUCGAAAAGGCGUCCGACAUGGCUACGGCAAAAUCGGCUGGCAGCCCGGCGUUUAUGCCGCCGGAACUCUGCGUGGCGAGACACGGCCAGAUCAGUGGCCGCGCUGCCGACAUUUGGAGCAUGGGCGUCACGCUAUACUGCCUGCGCUACGGCCACAUCCCGUUUGAGAAAGGCAACUUGCUGGAACUGUACGACAGCAUACGUUCUGAUGAUGUGCCGAUGGCGGGCGAAAAGGACAGUAACUUCGAUGAUCUGAUGCGGCGGAUCUUGCAAAAAGACCCGGAGAAGAGAAUCACAAUGGAGAAGUUGCGGGAGCACCCGUGGGUGACCAAAAACGGCAGCGAUCCUCUCUUGUCCGCGGAAGAGAAUUGUGCAGACAUUGUCGAUCCUCCAACAGAAGCCGAAAUGGACAACGCCAUCACCGGCAACAUGUCCCAUGUCCUCGCGGUGAUAGGUGCGGUGAAGAAGUUUAAGAAUCUUCUACGGCCAACUCGCGGCCGUUCGCCAGGCGCAUUGCUGGGCUUAGACUCUAACAUCGUGGCCCCACCCGAGUCCAUCCACUCGCAAUCACGAAGUCAAGAGACCUACGAUAGACGAGCCAUGGACGCUACUCUUGCCACGUCCGGCGUGCAUCGCGAAGUUCACGUAAACGAUGACCUUCAGAAGCUGCCCCGCGGCUUAGACAAAGUCGCCGGAAAUGGCGAGGCCAAAGUGGAGCUGAACAUCGAUGGCACAAACGGGCCGGAGAAGCAUCGCGGCGAGACAAAAGCUCACUUCAAGCAGCGCAUGGAAACGAAGCGACAUCAAACCAGCUUCAGCUCAAACUCUGACGAGCAUCGAAGACCUUUUGAAUCGCGGCGUGCACUGACAUUUCCGGCGCCAGACCAUGCUCGUGGUCAGGCGCACGAUCCGCUCGAAGACACCUUCUUCCUCAACAUUGGCCACGAUCCCGAAGCCUCGGCCGAACAGGACGACGAGUCCAGCCAGCCCAUCGUCAGCGAGAGCCCUCCGGCCGUGGAAAUGGACAUUUACGAGCAAGCGUACAAGGACGAGAUGGAUCGCAUCGUGGCCCGGCGCGGCGAGCAGCCUUCGAUGUACCUGACGCGGAGAGUGGAGCAUCGAGACGACAUCCGCACGUUGAACAUCAUCAAAGACGCUGGGCAGCUCGCGGCCAAGCACGCCGUUGCGACAUUCGAUCAAGCCAUGUCCAAAGGCUCGACGGCCGGCGCGGGCAUCGGCGAGGCCGGCCGCAACGCGGCGCGUGCAGCAGCCGAUACCUUGGCGAAAACCACGUCUUCACAAGGUGGAGACUCCACGAGCUGGCUAGAAGCUGUGCGCAGCGCGGCGAACGACGGCAUGGAUGCCUCGAGAACCGCCGCUCAGAAUGCGAAAGAAGCAUACAAUAAGAGCGGGACCAUGCUCGGGGGUCUGGCGAAUGUGGUGACUGCAGCGCAGGCGCAAGCGAGGGGCGAGCCCUCGCAGGACAUUGUGGCGAGCCCGACGAAGCUGGAAGAUGACAGCACUUCGUCGUUCCCCUCACCCACCAAGACAUCCGGCCAACAGGGCAGCGAUCGGGCCAAGGCUAAUAUCUCUGCGCUGACGAGCGCGCUCGCACUCAAUAAGAAGAGCUAG